GCGUUGUGGCGAGAGAUCGACGCGAUCUCUGCGCACCACGACGCCUGAGGAGGAAGAGGCAGUGCCGCUGCAACCUCUCUUCGACAUCUUCUUCUUCAGUCUCUUCCUGUAUCCGCCGGGUAUCGUCGUAUGGCGCUUACAGUACCUCAUUACGUAGAUGCAGGACGUCCCGCUGCUGCUGCAGCUGUUGCUAUUGCCAGCGUUAUUAGCAGAAAGAGAGGAUCGUUUACUCGUACUAUCGUCGUCAGAGCUUCAGCCAACUUCAAGCAAAACAAGCAGCAGCACGAACAACAGAUACGGCAGGGAAGGAGUCAAGAUGUACGCAGCCCUUGUCCCUCCUCGCCUCUGAGAACGGCCGACGAGGUGGCUUCAGACUUCGGCCGCGAGAUCGCCUUAGCCAACCUCGAGCGCCUGUUCCGGCAGCAGGCCGCAGGGGGUGACCGCCCGCCCGCCAACGGCGGAUCUUCCGACCGCCCUGUCCGCGUGGCCUACCAGGGCUCCCGCGGCUCCUACUGCCAGGAGGCCACCGCCAGGGCCUUCCCUUCCUCUUCUGCCUGCGAGGUCUUCCCCUGUGUCCACAUGGAGGAGGCCUUCGCCGUCCUCGAGGACCGCUCCGCCGACCGGGCCGUGGUGCCCGCGGAGAACUCCCUCGACGGGCCCAUCGACCGCAACCUCGAUCUCCUCCUCCGCCACCAGGGCAUCCGCAUCCUGGCUGAGCUCGUCCUCCCGGUCAACCACUGCCUGCUCUCCCUCCCUGGAGCGCCCAGGUCCAGCCUCCGCCGUAUCAUCAGCCAUCCGCAGGCCCUGUCCCACUGCCGCCGAAACCUGGAAGCCCUCGACCUGGAGGUCGACGAGGCCUGGUGCGCCGCUGACGCCGCCCGCUUCGUGGCGGAGAACCGGGUGGCAGACACCGCGGUCAUCGGGAGCCAGAUGGCCGCCCGGGAGUUCGGCCUACGGAUCCUCGCGUCCAACUUCCAGGAUCACCACCAGGGCGGCAACUUCAACCGCUUCCUUCAGCUCGGGCUAUCUGCAAGCCAAACCCAGGGGUUUGCCGGAGGAGGAGCGGCACGCAAGACCACCGUGGCCUUCUCCCUGGAGGGAGGGGCGUCGGACCUGUUCCGGGCGAUGUGGAUCUUCGAGAGUCGGGGCGUGAAGGUGACGCGCGUCGACCACCGACCCAACCGUGCGAAGCCGCUCCGGGUGGUGGAUAGAGGCAUCGACGGGCUGGGGAAGGCGACCUACCUGGACUACGUCUUCGUCUUGGACGUCGAAGGCAGCUUGUUGGACCCCGGCGUCGAGGCCGCGCUCGCACGGUUGGAGGAGAUCGCCCCCUUCGCACGUGUGCUGGGCAGCUACACGUCCACGUGCCACUCGCACUGACGCUAAAUCCCAGCCGAAGGAUCAAUUAGUUGCCGUAUGUAUAAUGUAUACCAUAUACGUAUGUAGGCAUGUAAAAGGGCUGCGCCGAUGACGAUGGCUUUGGCAAUAAUGCCAAAGGAAG